GCAUAUGCAUCAGGAUGUGAUAUUGUGGUACUGGGAACUGACUUUGAAAGGUUACAGAUAAUCCCUGGAGCAAAACAUGGAAACAUUCAAGUGGGAUGUGUGGACUGUUCAAUGCAACAGGGGAAGAUUGCAGCUUCUUAUGGGAAUGUGAUUUGUAUCUUCGAGCCAGUGAGCAUUUUGAAUCAGAAGAGCAGUCAUCAUACUAGGCUACAUUAUCAGUGGCAGAAGAAUGCUCAAAUCUUACUGGAAGCAAUAGCACAUAAUUUAACAUGGGAUCCCACAGGCACUCGCCUUUUGACCGGUUCCAGUUGUCUUCAGCUUUGGUCCAACGCUUAUUCGGAAAACCCUUCUGACAGUCGAAAUACUGAAAGAGCAGAUGCUGGCAUUGGAGAAUGGAGGUGUAUCUGGCAAUGCAAAACUGCUUCUCAAGUUUGUUUAAUGAAAUUCUCACCAGAUGGGGAAUUUUUUGCCACUGCUGGAAAGGAUGAUUGUCUUGUGAAAGUAUGGUACAAUGCAGACAGUUGGCGAUCAGCUGUAACACCUCCUGGUGCGAGUCCAGGAAAACAAGCAGAAGAAGUUGAUUUUUCAUUUGUUUAUUUGGCCCAUCCUCGAUCAGUAAAUGCUUUUUCAUGGAGGAAGACCAGCAAAUUCAUGCCACGUGGUGCUGUCUGCAACGUACUCCUGACUUGCUCUAAGGAUAAUGUCUGUCGUCUCUGGGCAGAGACUUUGUUACCCAAUGACAGCCUGUUGUAUGGUGCUGGAUACGACAGCUGGACCGAAGCAGUGAACUUAAAUAACUUCAAGAGAAAUACUUCAAGUAAGGAACGAAUGCAAAGUGCUUUAGAGUUAAACCUGAGGCACUUCCGACGAGGGAGGAGGAGAUCCGGUGCUGUAGUAGCACACACUGGAUACUCUCCACAUCAGCAAGAUGCUCAUGAAGUUCACAGGAACGUCCCUCCGCAUGCAAAUGCACUCUGUCACUUUCAUAUCGCUGCCAGCAUCAAUCCAGCCACAGAUAUUCCUCUGCUUCCUUCUAUCACAUCUCUGAGUCUUGGUGAAAACGAAGAAAAAAAUGGACCUUUUGUUGUGCAUUGGCUAAACAAUAAAGAACUUCAUUUUACCUUAUCCAUGGAAGUAUUUUUGCAACAACUUAAAAAGAGUUUCGAACAUCAUUCUCCUGAGACAAAUGCUGAGGAAUCUAAUCAGGUGGAUGGUAAAUCAGAAGAAGAAGCUAAUGAAAAUGGAGCUGAACCAAAAGGAAAUCAGGAAAAGAAGGAACUGGGUGGUGAGAAAGCUACUCCAAAUUCAAGCUUUAUUCCUUUAUCUUCUGCCAUUAUCGAUCAUGAAAUUGAAGUACUGCUUUCUGAAUGGAGUAAGAAUGCUGACAUGCUCUUCAGUAUACAUCCUAUGGAUGGUUCGUUGCUGGUAUGGCACGUGGACUGGCUAGAUGAAUACCAGCCUGGCAUGUUUCGCCAGGUGCAGGUGUCGUUUGUCUCAAGAAUUCCAGUUGCAUUUCCAACGGGUGAUGCAAAUUCUCUUUGCAGAAGUAUAGUGAUGUAUGCUUGUACCAAAAAUGUUGACUUGGCUAUUCAGCAAGGCAAACAAAAGCCCCCUGGCCUUACGCGAUCUUCAUCUAUGCUUAUCUCUUCUGGGCACAGUAAAUCAACCAACAGCUUAAAAUUAAGUAUCUUCACACCUAAUGUUAUGAUGAUUUCCAAACAUGCAGAUGGGUCUCUGAACCAGUGGUUAGUGAGCUUUGCUGAGGAAUCUGCUUUUUCAACUGUACUCAGUAUUUCACAUAAAUCCCGUUACUGUGGUCACCGUUUUCAUCUUAACGACUUGGCUUGCCAUUCAGUGUUACCAUUGCUGCUUACAACCUCGCAUCACAAUGCUCUGAGGUCACCAGAGGUUGAGAAUGCAAAACAGACAAAUGAUUCUUUAAAAUCUCAGGAGUCACCAUUAAGACAUCAGAAUAGAGGCAAUGCAAAUGUAACAUCCCAGGAUCCCAAUGCAGUUUACAGUGAGCUUAUUCUUUGGCGAGUUGAUCCUGUUGGGCCAUUGUCCUUUUCUGGUGGAGUUUCUGAACUUGCUCGGAUCAAUUCCCUCCAUGUUUCUGCAUUUUCUAAUGUUGCGUGGCUGCCCACACUUAUACCCAGCUAUUGCCUCGGUGCAUACUGUAAUUCUCCAAGUGCCUGCUUUGUGGCUAGCGAUGGACAGCAUUUGAGAUUAUAUCAAGCUGUAAUAGAUGCUAAAAAACUUUUGUGUGAGCUCUCCAACCCUGAAAUUUCAAAAUAUGUUGGUGAAGUUUUUAACAUUGUGAGUCAGCAAUCUACUGCCCGUCCAGGAUGUAUUAUUGAACUGGAUGCCAUCACAGAGCUUCACGGUAGGAAAACACAGUUAUUUCAUGUUUUUCAAGAAGACUUCAUUUUGAAUAACCAGGAGAAGGAAAUGCCUGAAACGAAGAACAACUUACCAGACUCUGGGUGCCAGCAGAAUGGAUUCUCUGAAAAAUUCUACUUAAUAGUAAUAGAAUAUACUCAAAACCACUCGUUACUACACAUGUGGCACUUACACUUGAAGUCAAUUCCCGUCUCAUUAGAUGAAAAGAUAGAUUCAAGUACAGCUGAAGCAGCGACACAACAAGAAGGAUUAUAUUCUUCUUCCCCAGAUCCAGAGAAGGUCCAAUCACUUUUUACUCAGAAGUAUCAGGCUUGUAAAGCAAAUCUUCAGAGCACCAGCUGGCUUACUCUCUCUUCAAAAAUGGUAUAUAGUCAAGAGUUGAAUUUGCCAGAAGGAGUAGAGAUUAUAAGCGUUAAACCAUCAGCAGGACAUCUGAGUUCCUCUUCCAUAUACCCUGUUUGUCAUGCCCCUUAUCUACUGGCUACUUCGUGCUCUGAUGGAAAAGUUCGUUUCUGGAGAUGCAGAGUGACUACCGAAUCGUCAGCUUCUUCAGUGCCAGAAUAUAAUGUACAUAGUGAUGUUACGUAUAUAUGGGAAGAAUGGCCAUUACUGAUUGAGGAUGGACUUCUUAGCAGCAGUGCCAUUAAUGUUUCAGGAAGGCCAGUUGAAGUUAGUUGUGCACACACAAACAGAUUAGCUGUAGCAUACAAGCAGACAACGUCUAAAAAUAGUCACUUUUCUCAAGACUUUAUAAUGGAUGUUAGUAUUUUUGAAUGUGAAUCUACAGGGGGCUCUUCUUGGAUUCUAGAGCAGACUCUGCAUUUAAAUGAAAUAGGCACUAUGUUAGACCCUGCUAUGAGUGUUGAUAGUAAUUUAGUGGCAUAUAACCGACAGGAAGUUUGUCUGUCUCAUAGUGGGAAUAUUAUACCCAGCACUAAGCACUUGGUUCACUUAGAUUGGAUGUCUAGGGAAGAUGGUUCACAUAUUCUGACAGUGGGAAUUGGAUCAAAAUUAUAUAUGUUUGGCCAACUCUCUGGGAAGACGCAAGAACAAAAUGGUAAGGAGGCUGUAGUGAUCUCUCACAGUGGCAGCAUGAAGGCUACAACCCUUUCUAGGUUUGUUCUACUGCGUUGUGUUGACUUGGUUUCUUCUGUAGAAGGGUCACCUCCUUUUCCGGUCUCUUUGUCUUGGGUGCGUGAUGGCAUUCUUGUAGUUGGAAUGGAUUGCGAAAUGCAUGUCUAUUCUCAGUGGCAACCUCCUUGCAAGCAGGAGCUGGUUAGUAUGGGUUCUUACAGCGGAAGUACGUCAUGUAUAACAAGCUUAAUGAAACAAAGCCAGUCAGCUGCCUCAGGUCUGCAUCCACCAAAACGAACCUUGACCAGGUCUAUGACCAGCCUUGCACAGAAACUUAGUGGGAAAAGAACUGCCUUUGAUCUGUCUACAGAAAUGGAAGACUCUGGUCUUUUUGAAGCCGCUCAUGCAUUAUCUCCCACUUUACCUCAGUACCACCCGCACCAGUUGUUGGAGCUUAUGGAUCUUGGUAAAGUACGUAGAGCAAAAGCCAUUCUGUCUCAUCUAGUGAAGUGCAUUGCUGGAGAAGUUGUUGCUAUAAAUGAAUCUGAACCUAGUCAUGAUAGGAAACUCAGAUCUCUUACAAUCAGUGCUAGUGGAAGCACUGCAAGAGAUCCUAAGACAUUCAGCAAAACUGAGAACACGGACUAUAUCGAAAUAGACUCAGUUCCGCCGUUGCCUUUAUAUGCUCUGCUUGCUGCCGAUGAUGAUCCCUCUCAUUCAGAAAAGUCUAAUAAUCAAAAUAAUAAAGAUACACCCAAUGACAAUUAUGAAGAUCUUUUUCAAAAUUCUGCUGUAAGUACAGAGGAACUUGUAAUGCUUGAUGCAGAUGAAGAUGACACAAAACCUAAGGUCAUUGAUCUUUCUCAGUAUAGCCCAACCUACUUUGGGCCAGAGCAUGCUCAAGUUCUUUCUUGUCACUUGCUUCAUUCGAGCUUACCAGGUCUCACUAGGAUGGAGCAAAUGUCACUGAUGGCCUUGGCAGAUACAAUUGCUACUACCAGUACUGACAUUGGAGAAAGUAGAGACAGAAACCAGGGUGGAGAAACUCUCGAUGAGUGUGGUUUAAAAUUUUUAUUAGCUGUGCGGCUUCACACGUUUCUAACAACAUCGCUCCCGCCUGUACAUCGAGCUCAGCUGCUUCGCCAAGGCUUGUCUACUAGUCAUUUUGCCUGGGCGUUUCAUUCAGUAGCAGAAGAAGAACUACUGAGCAUGCUCCCUGCAAUGCAGAAAGGUGAUCCAACAUGGUCAGAACUCAGAGCUAUGGGCGUAGGAUGGUGGGUCCGAAAUAGCCGUAGCCUGCGGAAAUGCAUGGAAAAGGUGGCUAAAGCAGCCUUUCAGCGAAACAAUGAUCCACUUGAUGCAGCAAUUUUUUACCUUGCAAUGAAAAAGAAGGCUGUGAUUUGGGGAUUAUACAGGUCCCAAAAAGAUACUAAAAUGACACAGUUUUUUGGGAACAAUUUUACUGAGGACAGAUGGCGUAAAGCAGCAUUAAAGAACGCUUUUUCUUUGCUUGGCAAGCAGCGUUUCGAACAUUCUGCAGCAUUUUUCUUGUUGGCGGGACACUUAAAAGAUGCAGUGGAGGUCUGCCUUGAAAAACUGAAUGAUAUUCAGUUGGCUCUUGUAAUAUCAAGACUUUAUGAGUCAGAGUUUGAAGUGUCUAGUACUUACAAAUCUGUACUACAGAAGAGAAUUUUGGGAAGUGUGUCUCCUGGAAAAGAUAGCUCAGGAAAUAUGCACUGUGAUCCUUUUCUACGAAGUAUGGCUUACUGGAUUUUGGAAGAUUAUAGCAAAGCUCUUGACACUUUAAUUAAACAUUCUGUUGGAGAUGAAGGUGGGGAAGGAGAAGGCUCAUCCAAUUGUAACCCUGCAGUGUUUAACUUCUAUAACUACUUAAGAACACAUCCUCUCUUGUUGAGACGUCAUUUUGGCUCUUCUGAUGCAUCUUCCACGCCCGUUUGUCUAACAGUAGAAAAUGGAUUAGCUGAUAAAAUCAACCUGGGGGAAAGACGACUGUUUUUCACUACUGCAUAUGCUCACUUAAAAGCUGGUUGUCCUAUGUUGGCUUUAGAGGUAUUAUCAAAGAUGCCGAAAGUAGUUAAGAGUUCAAAGCCAUUCUGUAGAUCCCCUAGUUUAAUGGAUACUAGUAAAGACUCUUCACCAUCUUCUCCAGUUAAAGGGUUGGAAAUGAAAGACCGAUCUUCAGCUGUUGACUGGUCACAACCAGUGUUGAACGGUCUAGGGUCCUCUUCAGAUUGUUCAUCAGGAAAGCAUUCAAGUUCAGCUCUUUCGUUUGACUGGAGCCAACCAAGUCUGGUAUUCCAAGAUGAGCCUUUGGAACUACAGUGGGACAGUGAUAAAGAUGAUGAGAGUGAAGAUUCUUCCCUGGUAAUGAAAGAGUUAAAGCCUUUGAAGGAAAGUGAAAAAUUAGAUGAAAUAAGUUCUAGCUACACAGGAUCUUUUAGUGCAGUUGAUGAGAAAGAUGUUUUAAGUGCAUCAGAAGAUAUAAUUUCAGCGCAGCUGAAAUUCAGAGCAUGCCUGAAAAUUCUUACUGUAGAGCUUCGUACACUAUCCACUGGUUAUGAGGUAGAUGGUGGGAAGCUAAGGUAUCAGCUUUAUCAGUGGCUUGAAAGAGAAGUGGUAGCUCUUCAGAAAACCUGUGAAUACAGUGCUGAAGUGGAAGAGAUACAGUCAGGUAUUGCUGUGAUGCCAGAGGAAGUUGCAUUAAAUGAAAAUGCUGAAGACUUACCUGACCAGCAAAAAAACAUGCUACAGAAAGAAAACUUUCAGAGAAGACGUCAGUGGCUCCUGAAAUACCAGUCACUCCUAAGAAUGUUUCUUAGUUACUGCAUACUUCAUGGCUCUCAUGGUGGAGGCUUGGCAUCUGUCAGAAUGGAACUAAUUCUGCUGUUGCAGGAAUCUCAGCAGGAACAGUCAGUACAGACUCCUCCCAGCCCUUCACCAGAGCAAAGCUCCAUACCUCUCCUAUUUGCUUGCACAGCUAGUGCCAAAACAGUGGUGGCUAAUCCACUGCUACAUCUUGGUAACUUAACUCAUGAUAUAUUACAUGCCGUAAUAAACCUUGACUCGCCACCUCAUCCAGACGCUCAGAACAACAAGAUAUAUGUAAUGCAUACCUUAGCAGCAUCACUCUCUGCUUGCAUCUACCAAUGUCUUUGUGAUGGCCACAGCUACAGCUCAUUACAAGCAAAUCAGUUCACUGGAACAGUGUAUCAGACAUUGCUUCUAACUCAUCGUCAUUCUGUAAGAACGACAAGCUUAGAUGAAACAGUGACUCCCAAUACAUCACCUGCUCAGUGGCCAGGUAUAACAGCUCUAAUACGUCUCUUGAAUUCUGCUGGUGAAGAAGCCCAGCCGGGUCUCACAGUUUUACUAUGUGAAAUUCUAACUGCAAUCUAUCUUAGUCUGUUCAUCCAUGGCCUAGCAACACAUUCCAGCAAUGAGUUGUAUAGAAUUAUGGCUCAUCCACUUAACGACAAAAUGUGGUCUGCUGUCUUUGGAGGAGGAGCUCAUACUCGCAGCAGAGGACAGGUGCAAUUAAAGACAAAAACUGGUAGGCACUUCCCAAUGCCUAGCCCGCAUCAGGUAGUAGUGUUCUCGAUGGAAUGUGUGGGGUUUUCCAAAUCCCUUACUGCCUUCAGUACUCAUAGUCCUACCAAGUCUUCAGAUGAUGGAGAGAAACAGCAAAAGCGUUUCAGACUUUCAUCAAAAACCUCUUCAAAAGAGAAUUCUCAGUCACCUUCAUUGCCAUUGGUAGACCAGGAAUCUUCGUCUUACAGAGAAAAAUUUAUUCCUCCUGAGCUUAGUAUUUGGGAUUAUUUCAUUGCAAAGCCUUUUCUUCCAUCACAAAGUAGAGUGGAAUAUGAUUCAGAAGAGAGUCAGGAAAGUGAUGAAGAUGAUGAUAUUGAUGGAGAAGUGUUUCUGUCAAAUUCACAUAAUCAAGAGCAUUCUAAUUCAAAUUCAUACAGUUGGUCACUGAUGCGACUGGCAAUGGUUCAGCUGGUACUUCACAAUUUGAAGACUUUCUACCCUUUGGCUGGACAUGAUCUUUCAGAGCUUCCAGUUAGUUCCCCAAUAUGCCAUGCAGUUCUGAAAACACUACAGCGCUGGGAACAGGUCCUUCUGCGACGUCUUGAGCUAUAUGGAGGUCCACCUCAACAUUAUAUUUCAGUUCAUGCUUCUGAGGAUGCGUUAGCUGCUGGUCCUGCGCUACUUCGCCAUAAAACUUUACUCGAGCCUGCAAACACUCCCUUCAGAUCUAACAGUCAUGUUGCGCUAUCUGUGAAGCGGCUUUGGCAGUACUUGGUUAAACAGGAGGAAGUCCAGGAAACCUUUAUCAGAAAUAUUUUUACAAAGAAGCGAUGCCUAAAUGAGUCGUUAGAGGACCACAAUGAAGCCAUGAAAAAUCCUAUGGUGGAGGAGCCCAUCGUCAAUAAGAUAGAAACAGAUCUGGGAUACCCAGGAGGAAAGGCAAGAAUAAUUCAUAAAGAGUCUGACAUCAUUACUGCUUUUGCAGUCAAUAAAGCAAAUCGAAACUGCAUUGCCAUUGCAUCAAGUCAUGACAUUCAAGAAUUAGAUGUUUCUGCGAUUUUAGCUACCCAAAUCUAUACCUGGGUUGAUGAUGACAUGGAAGUAGAAAAUAAAGGGGCUGAUGAUUUCUUAGUUAUACAUGCUCGUGAUGAUCUGGUAAAUGUUCAGGGAACUACUCCUUAUACUCACAGUAAUCCUGGCACACCUAUUAAUAUGCCUUGGCUUGGUAGUACACAAACUGGCCGGGGUGCAUCUGUGGAAUAUUCCAAUAAAUUUAAUGGAAUCAGAAAGGAAUUGGCAAGAAAAGAGAUGCUCAAGAAAGCUAUUAAUAAUGUCAGAAGAAUGGCUUCUCAUCCAACAUUACCAUAUUAUCUGACAGGUGCUCAAGAUGGUAGUGUAAGAAUGUUUGAAUGGGGUCAUGCACAGCAAAUCACAUGUUUUCGUUCUGGUGGCAAUUCAAGGGUAACUCGAAUGAGAUUCAAUUACCAAGGAAAUAAGUUUGGAAUUGUUGAUGCUGAUGGAUAUAUCAGUUUAUAUCAAACAAAUUGGAAGUGUUGUCCGCUUACUGGAACCUCACCGAAACCGUAUUUGACCUGGCAGUGUCAUAACAAAACAGCCAACGACUUUGUUUUCAUCAGUUCAUCAUCUUUGAUAGCCACAGCAGGAUUGUCUACAGACAACAAAAAUAUUUGUCUUUGGGAUACUUUGGUUUCACCUACAAAUAGCUUGGUGCAUGCUUUUAUUUGUCAUGAUAGUGGAGCAACUGUGCUAGCAUAUGCUCCAAAACAUCAGCUACUAAUAUCUGGAGGCAGAAAAGGCUUUACUUGUAUCAUUGAUCUUCGCCAAAAACAGCAGCAACAGUUACUCCAGAGUCAUGAUUCUCCAGUCAAAGCAAUUGCCGUUGAUCCUACGGAAGAGUAUUUUGUCACAGGAUCUGCUGAAGGCAACAUAAAGGUGUGGAGUCUGUCUACCUUUAAUCUUCUUCACACUUUCAUCAAUGAGCAUGCUCGACAGUCCCUCUUCAGAAACAUUGGGACAGGGGUCAUGCAAAUUGAGGCAGGACCAGCAAAUCACAUAUUCUCCUGUGGUGCCGACGGAACAGUAAAGAUGAGAAUCUUGCCUGAUAGAUUCAGCCCUUUAAAUGAAGUGUUAAAAAAUGAUGUGAAGUUUAUGAUCUAAUAGUUUUCUCAAUAGAGUGUGUAACAUUCCCCCACCAUCACCCCAAAAAUACUUUUCCCGUACUAGUCAAUGAAGCAAAUAGACCGUGAUAGCUCAUGCCACAAAAAUACUGCUGCGUUGUUGUUGUUGUUGUUUUCAUAUUUAUUACCUGGAUCUUUUAGUCCCUGAUGCACUGAUGCCUUAAAGCUUAACGAGGUCCUUCAGAUUCUGAUUGUUGCCUAAAAUAAGCUAUACAUGACACUGAAUUAUAUAUAUAUACGAUAUUCUUAAGGUGUGGCUGAAGUGAUUUACUCUUCCUGUUUUGGUAGUUAUACUCCCACCUGGAGUGUACCAUCUGGGCAUGGCCUCUGCUUAUAUUCACCUGGCCUUUCUCUGAAACCAGGUCCAGAUGAAAACCUUAGAUAACGUUACUUUUUCACUGUGGCAUCCGCUCUCUCCUCUAAACUUCAGUCAGCCACAGAUAAAAAUGUAUAGCUCUGUCUAGAAAAAUAGCAAAGCCUAUUUCGGUAGAUACUCCUACUGUAUCAGAAACUGGCCAAGCAGAUGUUCAUAGAAUGAGCCACUGUCUCUCUCCGUUCCUGGAAUCCAGGCUGUUUACCUCUGCAAUUCACCUGAACUCUUUUCUCUGAUCUAGGGUAUAAGAAACUGAAGGAUAUUCUGUAACUUGUCUUCUGUUCUAUAGCUUGAAUCACUGCCAUCAGGAUGGCAGACUUAUCUUUUAAAAAGAGGUAUAUUUUUAACCCUGAACACUCCCUUUACAAAAAUAUGUAAAUAUUAAAUGGAUAUCUUCCUAUUAAAAUUGUCAAGAUUGUGUGAAGCUUUAGUCUUGAUCACGAAAUACAGGAAGAUGUUGCUUUAGGAUAUGACAUUAGAAUUUCUUUAAAGAGUAUUUAUUUACACGUCUGUAGAGGAAAAAACUAAUUUAUUUUUACAUUUUUUCUGGUAAGACCUUAUUUAGCCCAAAGAUACUCAAUUGAUUUCCAGCACUUAUGUUCUUGUUUGUCUGCUUUGCCUAAGUACUUUAACAAAGGAAAAAAAAAAAAAAAAAAAGCUCAACAG